AGCGAGCGAGCGAGCGCGGGGCCAGCACACCCCGGCGCGCACAGCAGCAGCAGCAGCCGCCGCCUCCCGCGGCCAUGGGGAAGCAGGGCAGGAAGGGCUGCGACUGCAGACGCUUCCUCCGCAACAACUGGCUGCUGCUCAGCACCAUCCUGGCCGUGGUGCUGGGUAUUGGAGUAGGACUUCUUGUACGAGAAUAUGGCAAACUUUCCAGCCUGGACAAGUUCUACUUCUCAUUUCCUGGAGAGGUGCUGAUGCGGAUGCUCAAACUCAUUAUUCUACCCUUAAUUAUAUCAAGCAUGAUUACAGGUGUUGCUGCUUUAGACUCCAGCGUUUCUGGGAAGAUAGGUCUGCGUGCAGUCGUGUAUUAUUUCUGCACUACCGUCAUAGCUGUAAUUCUAGGGAUUGUGCUAGUUGUGACCAUCAAACCUGGGGUGUCUCAGAAAGCGGAUGAUAUUGACAGGAUGGGUAGCACUCCUGAGGUCACAACAGUGGAUGCCAUGCUAGAUCUGAUUAGGAAUAUGUUCCCAGAAAAUCUUGUCCAGGCCUGUUUUCAACAGUAUAAAACCAAACGUGAAGAAGUAAAACUUACAAACGAAUUGGAAAAAAAUGGCUCCAUGGUUACAGAAGAACCUUUUACAGUUGUCAUGACAACAGAGGUUUCCAAGAAUCUACAGAACAAAACCAAAGAAUUCAAAAUAGUGGGCAUGUAUUCCGAUGGCAUCAAUGUCCUGGGCUUGAUUGUCUUCUGUCUCGUCUUUGGAAUUGUUAUUGGGAAAAUGGGAGAAAAGGGACAAAUUCUGGUGGACUUUUUCAAUGCACUCAAUGAAGCUACAAUGAGAAUAGUCCAGAUAAUCAUGUGGUAUAUGCCAUUUGGCAUUCUCUUUUUGAUUGCUGGGAAGAUCAUAGAAGUUGAGGACUGGGAAAUCUUUCGCAAACUGGGUCUUUAUAUGGCUACAGUACUAAGCGGACUUGCAAUCCAUUCUGUUGUAAUUCUGCCACUGAUCUACUUAAUAACAGUAAGGAAAAACCCUUUUCGAUUUGCCAUUGGGAUGGCUCAGGCACUUCUGACAGCCCUCAUGAUCUCCUCCAGCUCAGCAACUUUGCCUGUCACCUUCCGCUGUGCAGAAGACAAGAACUAUGUCGACAAAAGGAUUACCAGAUUUGUUUUACCAGUUGGAGCAACAAUCAACAUGGAUGGAACAGCACUUUAUGAAGCAGUGGCCGCAGUGUUUAUUGCGCAGCUCAAUGACUUGGAAUUGGAUGUUGGCCAAAUAGUUACUAUUAGUGUCACGGCGACAGCAGCCAGCAUCGGAGCAGCAGGUGUCCCCCAAGCUGGACUCGUCACCAUGGUGAUUGUACUGAGUGCAGUCGGGCUGCCAGCUGAAGAUGUUACCUUGAUCAUAGCAGUUGACUGGCUUCUAGACCGAUUCAGAACAAUGGUGAAUGUCCUUGGAGAUGCCUUUGGUGCAGGGAUUGUGGAGAAGCUCUCCAAAAGAGAGCUGGAGCAGAUGGAUGUUACUUCUGAAGUCAACAUAGUCAAUCCUUUUGCUUUGGAAACAACAAUACUUGAUAAUGAUGACACAGAGACUAAGAAAUCCUAUAUCAAUGGAGGUUUUGCUGUAGAUAAAUCUGACACCAUAUCAUUUACCCAGACAUCGCAGUUCUAAAGCCUGUGUCUUUCAGAAGACACAGGAACACUGAAGGACAUCAGCAUAUGUGAAAUCUCUUAGGAAGCUAAAGAAUAAUUAAGAAAAUAUUAAUGACAAACUUGAGUGUCUUUGAUUUGAUACACAGACUUCUGAUUUUUCCCCACUAUUCGGAUUCACAACAGCUGGUACUUGUGGGCAGGUUGAUAAGAUGGCAAGCUGUAAAAUAUGUAAUUUUUUUUAAUUGUGUAAUAUUGUGGAGGUAUUGAAAUUCCUCUUGGGAAUCAGCAUGCUCAUAAGAUGGAUGUUAGAACCAGGACAGUGAAGUGGAGGAAAUGCGCUUUUCUCAGGCAUAGUGCAGUGUCUCGCAUCUCUUUUCCAUUCCACCACACACUGCAUGGAAAGUCCUUUUAGUACUUUUGCCUUUCACAGUUUAAAAAAUGACAUGGUACUCCAAAUGCCUACUGUAACUUGAUAAUGUGCCAAAUAGUUCAUUUCUGAAGCCCAUUUGAAUACCACAGGGGCAGACUGUUUCAGUAUGGAAACUGACCAGAACGUUCCUGCAAUAAGUGUGCUAAUAUUUAUGGGAUUUUAUUUUUCUUUAAGCAUUAUGGGCAUUGGAAGUUAAUAGUCAAGGAAGAAAUGACAACAUUACAUAUUUAAGUUUUUUCCACAUGAAUUGCCAGUGAACAAAACUGAACUUAAAAUAUGAAACAAAUUGCUACAUUUUUUUAACUUGAAGAAUUAUUGCAAAGUGAAACUGUCUGCCAACUUAAGUCCACUUUGAUGGCUUAUUAGUGCAUUUCCACUAGAGGCAGAAAUUAAUCAGCUUCAGUAUUGUAUUUCUCUUAUUCUAGCCUAAUAUUUAUCAGCCCCAGGGCAGGCAAAAGUCAUGAAGAUAAAAAUAGACUGCACAGCUAUCUGUAGUGACUUCCAGAUAUUUUCUGCUGAGAAGAAUAAAUAGUAUCCAGUAUAUAUGAAGCACACCUUUCUUCUAGAAAGAGGUCACUGGCUAGUUAAGCUUUUUACACAAACUAGUUGGUUUCAGUGUGUCAUAGAAAAUUAGGGUUGGAAGGGACCUCAGGAGGUCAUCUAAUCCAACCCCCUGCUCCAAGCAGAACCAGCCCCAACUAGAUCCUCUCAGCCAAAGUUUUGUCUAGUGGGGUCUUGAAAACCUCCAAGGAUGGAGAUUCCACCGCCUCUCUGAGUAACCUGUUCCAGUCUUUUACUACCCUCCUGGUGAGAAAAUUCUUCCUAGUAUCUAACCUAAGCUUCCCUUACUGCAACUUGAGACCAUUGCUCCUUGGUCUAUCAUCUGCCACCACCAUUGGCGACAUGUAGGGGGUGCACAUAGGUGCACAUGCACCCCCAAACAUGGCGGUUCACCCCCUACGAAAAGGCGCUGCCGACACUGCUGGCAGUGCCUGUGGGCAGUCACCGCCUGCCCCUCCCCGCCCCCCGCCGCCAACAGCACUGCGGAUACCUGCGGAAGCUCCAUGCUUACCACCGCCACACUCCCGCUGCCUGCACCACCAUGGCCCUCCAGCCGCCAGUAUCAUGAGACGUUCAUGGCCACCACUGAGAACAGUCUGGCCCCAUCCUUUGUAACCCCCCUUCAGGUAGUUGAAGGCUAUUAAAUCCCCCCUCGGUCUUCUCUUCUCUAGACAAAACAAGCCCUGUUCCUUCAGCCUCUCCUCAUAAGUCAGGUGCCCCAGCCCCCAGACCAUUUUUGUUGCCCUCUACUGGAUUCUCUCCAAUUUGUCCACAUCCUUUCUGCAGUGGAGGGCCCAAAACUGAACACAGUACUCCAGAUGUGGCCUCACUAGUGCAGAAUAGAGGGGAAUAAUCACCUCCCUUGACCUAAUGGCAACACAGCUACCAAUGCAGCCCAGUAUGCCGGUAGCAACAAGGGCACACUGUUGGCUCAUAUUCAGCUUAUUGUCCACUGUAACCCCCAGGUCCUUUCCUGCAGAGCUGCUGCCCAGCCAGUCAGCCCCCUGCCUGUAGCGGUGCGUGGGAUUGUUCCGUCCUAAGUGGAGAACUUUGCACUUGUCCUUGUUGAACCUCAUGAGAUUUCUUUUGGCCCAAUCCCCCAAUUUGUCUAGGUCACUCUGAAUCCUAGCCCUGUGACUCACCAUGUAGACCAGAAUAUCAGUGCCAAACUACUUGCUAUAUCAUACCAUUUUAUUAAAUAUUCAUGGACUAAGGAAGUCCUAUGUUCUGGUGAUUUACCAUAAACAGUAAUCCCAUUCUAAGCUUCUUCAUGAUCAAAUUCCAUAGAGUCAAGCAUUUUAAACAAUGCUGCAUAUGAUAUAGUGCGACAUCAUUCAGUCACUGUACAGAACAAACUUUUUUGCCUUGCACAUCAAUAUCUACUCAUCAGCCAUCUGACUGUAAAAAACUGGAAAUUCAUACAUGAGACUUUUUUGUAAAUAGCUUGGGUAUACAUAAAAUUGCACUUACAUCUUAUCAAAAAAUGUUUGAAUUCCUGCAGUGUUACAGAGUAAAAUCAAUCUUACACUUUUGUAUUGAAGCAAAUGAGGAAACGUGCCAAAGAAAACUAAGAAGAAAAGAAAAAUAUAAUCCUUGCUGUAGAUUUUGAUAAAUUGCACCUUAAAAUUAAUACGUCAAUGAGAUGUAAUACUGUAUGUACUUAAAUUAAACAUUGUAAACUAUAAUGCAGUGUCAAUCUAAAGUAAAACUAUUGGUAUGUUUAUACAAAAUAAAGAAAUGCACAAACUGAGGGGGGGGGGGGGAAAUCAGUCUUUUACCUUGUGCAGAACUAGUAUUAAAAGCUUCCUUUGUACAGCUUUACUAAAAGAAGGGGGAAAAAAACUUGCCAGUUCCAGAGCUGUCUAUAAACUGUGCUUUGCUUUUUCUUUGCAGUCUAUUUUUUUUUUGUAACCACCCUCUUAUAAUGUACUGUGGGUAGUGUUCUUAUUGUGACCUAAAUAAAUACUUCUUUCUUUUA